AUGAUGUUCCAAAUUGACCCCAACGCGAUUAUCGCCGUCACGCUGCUCUACUUUCGUCUCGUCGCCGCCGACUCGCAGAAUCUCAGCGCCAAGCUGUAUGAUUUGGUGAAGCCGUCGGACACCCAUCGCCUCUUCGACACCCUUCAAUACGCUGUCGAGGAGCAGUACUCGAGAACGCCGGUGUUCUAUGACUUCUCGACGAUGUUCAACUAUGGCGAGAAGCCGAUCAAUCUUGAGCGGCUCAAUCGCAAAUAUCACGAUGUGCUCUAUGAGGGCGACAUGGCUUUCGGCUAUGAGCAGCUGAGUCGAAUCGUCAACUCGGCCGUCGAGUUUCGGCGUCCGAUUCGCAACAAGAUUCGCGAUCGUCGUCAGGCCUAUCUCGACGCCAACUAUCCGGCGACGAUUUGGGAGCACGGCGUGCCGUUCGUCCUUCACUCGUCGCUGAAUGCGCUCGCGCGCUCGUCGAUUCUCAACGCGAUCCAUUUUUGGUAUCGCGAGACGUGCAUCGAGUUCGUCCCGCGAACCCGUCAAUCCGAUUAUUUGGUGUUCGUCGGCGAUGAUGAGGGAUGCUGGAGUACGGUGGGCAAGGACGGCGCCAAUGGGAAGCAGGUCGUCAGCAUUGGAGAAGGAUGCGAGCAUUUCGGCGUGACGUCUCACGAGCUGGCGCACGCGCUCGGCCUCUUCCACGAGCAGUCGCGCUACGAUCGCGACGAAUCGGUGACAUUGAAUCCGCGCGUCGUCGACCGCUCGCUUCUAUUCAACUUCGCCAAGAUUUCGCGACGCCAACUCUCCACCUACGAUCUGCCCUACGAUAUUGGAAGUGUGAUGCACUACACACCAACCGAAUUCUCGACGGUGCCGUCGAUUCCGACGCUGAUGGCCGUCGACGCGAACCUCCAACAAACGAUGGGCCAACUCGACGGACCAUCGUUCAUCGAUGUUCUCAUCAUGAAUCGACAUUAUAAUUGUCAGGCGAAAUGCGAAAAGCAGGCGGCGUGCGAGAACGGCGGAUUCACGAAUUCGCGAAAUUGCGCGAUUUGCAAAUGCCCGUCGGGAUUCGGCGGACGCCAUUGCGAGCAAAUCGCGCCAUCAUUCUCGACAUCGUGCGGCGGUGUGCUGAACGCCGACGAAACCGCCCGUCAAUUCGACAUCACCAUUCGUCAAAACGGCGGCCGACGUGCCAAAACUUGUGUGUACCAUUUGAAAGCGCCGAAAGGCAAAAAGAUCGUCGUCGAAAUUCGAAAAAUCGACUCGAAAUGCAUCGAGGGCUGCUGGCUCGAUGGGCUUGAGCUCAAAAUGAGAGCCGACGUGAGGCCGACGGGCUAUCGAUUCUGCUGUCCAGAAUCGUCGAAACGAAAAGUGGUGUCCGAUGGGAAUUUGGUGCCGAUGAUCGUCUAUUCGAAAGAUGACACAAUAUCGGCUUCACUUCAAUAUUUCUAUGUCGAUGCUUCGGUCAGUUUCGACGAGUCGCCAACAAAAAAUCUCAAUGCGAUAUUGGGCGUCACUCAUAGCGUCGCCGACGGGAUCUCGACGCGACUUUCGAGGCCCUAG